GCCCGUUGAAAAGCGUGAGGUGGGGAGAAAGCACGUCAAAGCUCUCUAGACUGUUUGUAUGGUCACAGUCUUUGCUGGUACGUUUAGCUGAACUUAAUUUAGGGGAGCGGGAGAAACUAAUUACAUUUUAACCGACUCGAGCAUAGUAAGCAGAUCGGGCAGUAGAUCUCCCAUCCUCUUUCUCUUCAGCAGGCUGAUAAGGAGACGCAGAUGGACAACAGGAACACAUCUGAUGACAAGCCCGUUCAGCGCUCCAAGUCUUUUAGUUUUAAGACACAGAAGGAGACGUGUGCAUCAUGUGAAAAGACUGUGUAUCCGAUGGAGAGACUUGUGGCCAACAACCUCAUCUUCCACACCACAUGCUUCUGCUGCAAGCACUGCAACACCAAACUCAGUCUGGGAUCCUAUGCAGCACUGCAGGGGGAGUUCUACUGCAAACCACACUUCCAGCAGCUCUUUAAGAGUAAAGGAAACUACGAUGAGGGAUUCGGUCGCAAGCAGCACAAGGAGCUUUGGGCCUCCAAGGAUGAAGAGAGCAUCACCAAGACAUCAUAAUAUUUAGCAAUUUGUUUUCCACAGCUUGCCUUUCCCUGGCCAAUGAUGACCCUUUAUAUACUCUGCCCAGCCACCACUCACACAUAUGCACACAACACAAUCACAAAUACACCGCCUUUUAUAGCGUUGAUAACCUUUCUUUAAGAUUUUGUUUUAUUUUUUAUGUUUGCUUUUUUUAGCUUUAGCAUAUAUAAUUGUAUGUUCAUCAUAUUUUUAUGUUUCUUAUUUGAUAUCUAGUGUUGUGGAGUUCAUCCACAGUAAAAUGUUAGUUGAUUGUGACAAAUCUUUGAAUCCCUCAUAAGUGGGAUAAUUCUCUCAUUAGUAUCAUUAUGAUCCUGUUUGGCUGUAAUAGUAUUGGUUUGUUUGUUGUAUUUCUGUUGUAAGAGUGGUUUUGAGAUUAAAUGCUUGCAUGAAUAUAAAGUUUUAGAUUAUACACUCAGGUAAGGAUUCUGGGGUAUAGCCGAUUAAUUUUGAUGCAAACUUUUAUGUCCAUAGUUGACUUAAGUGUUUGUUUUUACGACUGAUAUUUUCCCCUCGCUUGUGUUGAAGCAAUCGGUACUGUCUUCAGAGUACAUGACUUACUAUUGUUCCUUUCAGUGGGAAGACUGUCUUUUAUUUUGUUUUGUUUUGCUUUGUUGGUGCAGGUGUGCUUUUAAUCUGUGAAUCUACAGGGUACACUGUAUUUUAAAUAACUCACUUGAGUAUAAUUCAGCCCAUCCAUUUGUUCUUUCCUGCUCUUUCAACAGAUUAACUUCUUUUGACUAAAGAUGAUGAAACAUUUUACAGAUCCUGUAAGCAAACAUGAGUUUCCUUUUCAAAUAUAACAUGUAUCUGAGGCAUUUGAAUGUUCAUGCCCAUUGCUGAAGAUUGACCACUUUGAGUUAUUCUUAUUCUAAAUUAACAUCUACACUUGACUGAAUACUGAAACAUGCUAAACUUUAUCUCCCCCUUUUUCUGACGCCCUCUAGUGUUUAGAAUUUAUAUAAAGUCACGUUGUUCUCUCAGUUACAGUAUCCUUUGCAUUGCUACAGUAUGCCAUCAGUAAUAUCUUUGCCCAUCAUAUCAGGUUUCAGUUUGAUACUCUUUCUGCAUCUCUGUUUUCCUCUUUUAGUCAUAUUUUUUGUUAGUGCUUUUCAGCAGCCUGCCCAUCAAAAAAUCAUCAAGGUUCAUUUAAAAGGCAUUUGAACAGAAGUACCACUAGGCAGAGUGAAUGUACUGUGAUACACUGUACUGUACUUAUGCCUUCUUGCAUGAGACCACACUUGUACAAGAACUGAAUUUACUCACAGGGAACUUGGUCUCAGAGGAAAUGACAUUUAUGAUACACACACUUCCUGUCAUCACAUAGUUUGGGCUAUUUCCUGUGGGCUUCUCUUUGACAAGGUUCAUUGGGAUUUUGCAAGGACAUACUUAAUAGUGUGGCUCCUAAGCACUGCUCAGGAAUAUGGAUGGGUCUCAAUGAUCCAGCUAUGUAACCCUCAGUGUUCAUUGUUAAAUAGCAGAUCAUAAUUUCAUACUCCUCAAUAGACAAAUAGUCAGUGGUUGGGGUUUUAUCAUGCUUCUCUAUGAAAGCUAGUAAGCAGAAAGGGGGAUGUGGUAGAUCUACAUUUAAAUUAACACUUCCAUCAUGGGUUUAAUAUGCACAUUUACAUGUCUGUGUGGAACUGUGAUUUUGCAUCUUGUGAUUUGUCACUGUGGCCAUUUUAUAAGCUGUGAGCUCUCCAGUGGUCAUGUAUUUGUGUAACAGCAUUAUUGACAUCUUCAUGUAGUUUCUAGAAAUGAAUGAAAUGCCUCCGUGUUUUAAUCCUAUUGCUUUUGUGUUUUGUAGUGCAACAAAUGGUUAAGCCAGGUGUUUACUUAUGUUUGUAUAUGUCAAAUGCCAUGCAGUGGUCUGUAGAUGAUUAGUUUAAGUGGCUUGUGUUAAAAUGGCCUUUUAGUCUGUACGUUUGAGGAGAUGCUAUAUUUAGACUUGCUGAGAAUCAUCCAAAUGUUUUCAAACAACUUGAAUGCCACAAAAGUACGUUUGUGUAUAUAUUUAAAGGAAUUAUCAAAAACUCUUAACAAGAACAGGAAUAAUAGUUGCAUAUUAAACCUUAGGGCGUUUUCAGACCUGUAGACCGUUUGCUUUGUGCCUAAACGGGGAAUACAUUGUUACAAUGUUGCAUUUUCUUCCUGUUUCGGUUCGCUUUCACAAGGUUACAUUUCAAAAUGGACCAAAACUGUCAAUAAAAGUCACAUGUGAGCAAGCUGUCCUCUUAUUGGUCACUAUGUCUGCUCGUUGUUCCAGGGUUAAGCUCAUAAAUGUGGCAACCAUAACACAUUUUAGAGAAUUUUCGAUCGUUGCCAGUUAGCGAUUGUGCUCUAAAUACAAAUUAUCCAUCAUUCAGUUGUAAAGUUUCCAUCAUGGUUAUUUUUAUCCGUUAUUAUUUGCUUUUGCAUUAUUUCUCAAUUGAAACGUGCCUGUUCUCACAGGCCUCUCCCUCUCUCGCACGUUUAGAGUAAAGCCGCGUAAAAUGUUUUUCAUUUGUCAAAAAGUUGCUAACGCCACCCUCUCCGUGUUCUGCCGCUAUCCAAAAGAGAAAAACGAUCGGAGCCUCGUUCAGGUGGUCUCGGCCCGAUUGUUUAAGUGCGAAUGCAGUGUUCAUAUAUGCCUAAACGAACCGAAUAAAGGGAGAAAAUGCACCAUGUUCUGAAACAAAUGCUCCAAACGAGCAGGUGUGAAAACGCCAUUAGAGUUUUCGUUUAGUUUUUGUUUUAAAUCCUUCAUAAGAACACAUUUUUUUAAAUCACAAAAUCUGCAACUCUUCAAAAUUUCUUAAAUAACUCCUCACUCUCAGUACUUUCAAGCAGUUACACCUGUAAAUGAUUUGGUCUUGUUUACAAUGCUUUCUUUUUUGUUCCAUAUGUGCUUUUAUUUGAGGAACAACAUUUUCCUCAGACAUAAAUCACUGUGUUUACACCAGGUUUUAGAGGUUUGCUCAGUGCGCCAAGGUACAAAUUACAAUAUCCUGCUAACGCUUGCUUUCUUUUACAAAAUUCAGAACAAAUGAGAAAUUAUGCUUGUCUUUACUCUGUACUGAGGGAUUUGUAGUUACUGAAACAAAGUGUGUGUCUUUAUAAGUGUAUUGAUAUCUAAGGUGGCAAAAGAUUAUUUUUAAAUGCAGUGGACAUUGUCCACAUGGGUUGAGUGGGCAGAGAUAAAUAAAAUAAAAAUGUACUCUAUAUGUAAAACUUAAUCAGCAGUACAAGGUGGCCUUAAAGGAGAAAGAGGGCCUUGGCUCUUAACUAGUCUCUUAUCCCCUUAUCAGGUUUAUUUUUGUCUUUGUAAAUUUUUUUUUUUUUGCCAUUUAGUUCAAAUGCUACAAGAAUUUAUAAUAAAAUGCUAUGUGUUUUUCUUUCAUUUACAUACACUCUUAUCUCUUCCUUUUCUCCACUUUUUUAUUUGUCAUUUUUUUGUACACGUUUUUGGAGAAAAAGAAUAAAUGGUAUGCUGGUGUUGAUCUUCCUUUUUGAGUGCUUUCUUUAGCUGGUACUUGAGUGUGCACUGUAAAAACCAAAAGAUACUCAAUGCAACAUUUGGGGUUCCUCACAUGCACUAAAAAUUGUUUUGUGGUGAAGUAAAUUAGUAGAAAAGAUAAAGCAUGAACUUAAAAA